GUGGACAGCUCAGUUUUCCACAGCAGGGAAAUGGUUCAAAGCCUGGCGUUUGCAUUGUCCUUCCUGCAGAGGAUGGAUAUGAAGCCUGUUGUAAUCAUUGCAUGGUCUGAAGACGAGGUGACAAAGUCCAGAGAGUCAGAUUUGGGAUCGUGCACCGUUGGACUGAUGGAGCGAUGCCAGCAACUGAGUCAAGCUCUACAACAGCACUCAGCCACCGUUCUUCCUUUCUUCUCUUCAGAGGCAGUUCUUCACUUGCAAGAGGCGCAUAAUGGAAACAACAAACGACCCUACAUUGCUGUGGUAACCAGUCUUCUUCAGUGGAGUCUGGACAGUGGGAUGAUCCCACUGAUCUGUCCAGUGGGGAGGGACAUGAGAGGCUGUUCAGUCAUCUUGGAUCAAACAGAGGUUACAGCAGCCAUUUCCCGAGCUCUGCAGCCACAUAAAGUCAUGUUCCUGAACCACUCCGGAGGCCUGCGAAGCCAAGAGCAAAAGGUGCUGGAUACUGUGUCUCUCCCUGCUGACCUGCCCCGUUUGUCCAUAACAUCAUGCGUGAGUGAGACAGAGCACCGCAAAAUAACUACCAUCGCCACAAUCCUCAAUCAGCUGCCAACAGAGUCCUCUGCUGUGAUCACCUCAGCGGACACACUGCUGACCGAGCUGUUUAGCCACAGAGGAUCUGGAACCCUCUUUAAAAGUGGAGAUCCCAUUCAUCGAUACUCCUCUCUGGAUGGCAUUGAUGUGCAGCGCCUGCUUGUUCUUAUCAACAAGUCCUUCGAUAAAACUCUGAAGGAGGAUUACAUCGACUCUCUGAAGGGGCGGCUGCAAAGCAUCUACCUCUCUGAAGGUUACAACGCAGCAGCCAUCAUCACAAUGGAACCAGUAAACGGCGGCACUCCUUAUCUGGACAAGUUUGUGGUGAGCAGCAGUAAGCAGGGCCAAGGCAUGAGUCAAAUCCUGUGGGAGUGCAUCAGAAAUGACCAGGGCAAACUAUUCUGGAGGUCAAAAGCUGCAAAUAAAAUCAACCCAUGGUACUUCAAACACUGUGAUGGCAGUUUUGUAAAUGGACUUUGGACUGUCUUCUGGUUUGGACUGACAGACAUCAGAGAUUCCUACAUGUUAGUGGAGCAUGCAAAGAACCUUCCUGACUCCUUCCUCAGCUCUUCUUCUGCCUUCACCCUGCAGUCUCCUCCACCUGCCACAGGAUCCUGAAAUACUUCACACUAGCUAUUCAAAAGUGAUUCAUUAGUAUUCAUUACAGCAAUAACAAAAUUAUAUAACCAUAAUUAGUUGAUUUUUUUGGAAAUGUAAUAUGACUGCUCUUGUAUCUUAUUCAGAAACAUACUGCAUCUGGCAAAAAAUACAUUUUUUCCAAAAAAUGAAUGAGUGGUUCAUUGAACUUCUGCAUAAAAAGAGUUUUACAAAUGAAAGUCUACAGUUGCACUGAUGCUUUGCUAUCUCCUGCAAGUAGGUUUUCUCCCAGUUUCAAUCUUUACCCACAGCAGUUCUAUUUUGUAUGAAAAUUCUUUGCAUUUUGUAAAGACAAACAUUUGACUUUGUCAUAACAGUUCCACAGGCUUUGAAAAAACACGUGUGUAGAUGCCAUGUAACAAUAAUGAUGGCAUCUGCUUCAAAAGUAAACAUGGACAUGUGACUAACAUGAGGAAAUAAAUCGUUAACACUUUAUAAUAAGAUUCCUUAACAAGCUUUGUUAACAUAUUAAUAACAAUUAUUAACAUUCCUAUAAGGUGUUAGUAAGACAUGAUGUAAUAAGCCUAAUGAGGCUUAUUAAAUGUUAAUAUGAUGCUUAUUG